AGCAAAGUAUAGCGGUUGAACCUGGCAACCAAAAGCAUAAUUCUGAAUUUCUGGGUGUUUCUGGCCUGGACGCGAGGGUGUUCGUCUCUCUCCAGUAUAAAUUUCAUAUUUUUAUGCUCGAAUGAAUGUAGUUGCUAUCGUUGAACAUUGAUAAGCGUUAAAUAACGUGAAGAACCUAUCAUAUCAUUCAUCCGGUUUGACAUCGUUUGCUUCAAGGACCUGCCGCUAAUGAAACUGUGUUGUGUGUAAUGCAUUAGUAUCGUGUGGUAGUGACAAACUGAAGAAUUUUUGCUAGACAUUUGUCACAUUUCUGAAUCUGAAAUCAAAAGAUAAUACAUUAGAACAGUCAUGAAGUUGAUUCUUAUAUGCGUCUUCACAUUAUUUGUCGCAUGUGCUUUUUCCUCAUCUUCUAGGGAAGAGGAAGAUACUAGCGACAACUUGGAUUCGGGACCAAACCACUUCCAACCGAUGGUUGCAGUAUUAUGUGGUCAUGGGAAGCUGCUCAACAAGUAUCUGGACGAGAACCGACGAUGGGUCACUGACAAUGACCCAAAAGCCAUCUGCACGAAGGAUAAACUCGAAAUACUUGAGUACUGCAGAAAGGUCUAUUCGUCUAAAGAGAUUACCAACAUCGUGGAAUCCAGCCGAUACUUCAAGAUUGAUAAUUGGUGUAAAGCAGGCCAGAAGAAAUGUAAAGCCAGCCACUGGGUGAAGCCAUACAGAUGCCUCCAGGGUCAAUUCCAAAGUGAUGCAUUACUUGUUCCUGAGCACUGCCUCUUUGAUCAUAUUCACAACCAGAGCAUUUGCCAGACUUUUGAUGAAUGGAACAACACUGCUGCUCACAGUUGUCUUGACAGAUCAAUGCAGCUCAGGAGUUUCGCUAUGCUAUUACCUUGUGGCGUUGAUCUUUUCUCUGGAGUGGAAUUUGUAUGCUGCCCUAAAAAUGAUAAGGAGGGAGUGGUGAAUGAUGAAAGCCGUAAGGGUGACAAUGGAAUAGAUUCUGAAGAUUCAUCUAAUGAAGAUGAAGAUUAUGAUGAUGACUAUUAUGAUGAUGAAGACUAUGAUGAUGAGGAUGAUGAAGACAGUGAAGAUGGGUCACGAUCCUCAACCACUAGUACUACUACCACCACAACUACUACUACAACCACUACAACUACCACUGAAAGACCUGUAGAUUAUUACUACAGCCACUUUGAUAAGAAACAUGAGCAUGAAUUCUUUAAAGAAGCACAGAAAUCUUUAGAAGAAAGCCACCGAGAACGUGUUACCAAAGUUAUGAAAGAAUGGAGUGAAUUGGAAGAAAGAUAUCAAGAAAUGAAAGUUAAAGAUCCUAAAGCUGCUGAAGAUUUUAGGAAAAAGAUGAGUGCAAGGUUCCAGAAGACUGUUGAAGCUUUAGAAGAAGAAGGAUCUGCUGCCAAAAGGCAAAUGUCUGCUAUGCACCAGCAACGAAUUAUGUCCAUCAUUAACAUGAGAAAGAAGUCUGCUAUGGAUUGUUACACUGCUGCUUUGGAUCAUUCUAACCCAAAGACUAAAAAGAUUGAGAAGUGUCUGGAGAAGUUGCUCCGUGCCUUGGAAAAAGAUCGCCGCCAUACUCUCAACCAUUAUCGUCAUCUUCUUAACUCCAAUCUGAAACAAGCUGUAAAAGAGAAGGAAGCUACUUUGGAGCACUUGGACAGUCUGAAUAAAAUUGCCAACCAGAGCCUUGCAAUGCUGGAUAGAGUUCCUAAUGUAGCAGAAAAGAUCAGACUACGAAUGGUUGCUGUUUGGCAUCAUUUGCAUGGACUAGGACCUAAAGCUGCUAUUACUCGUGAUGUGGAUGAAGCCAUUGUUGAAAAAUACAGAGAAGAGGUUACAGAAAAACAAAAAGAACGUGAAAGGCAAAAGAAGAUCAUGGAAGAGAGACGACAGGAAUUAAAAGAGCUUCGAGAGGAAAAGAAACGCGUGGAAGCUAACCUUGGCCAUAAACUGGACCGCGAAUUCGAUCCUGAAUCUAUGGAAGAUGAAAGUGUUUUACCUGAUAUGAAACCAAAAAUGGCUGAUGUAUCCAGUGUUGAGCACAAUUCUCUUGACCAUGAGGAAUUGCCCGCUCCCAAAAUGGCUCAUAUCCAAAACCCAGCUUUCCAUGAUAAUGAGCAUGAAGAGCUGCCUGUGCCCAAAAUGGCCCAUGCUCAGAACCAAGCUUUCCAUCACAAUGAAGUCACAUUCUCUGUCAGAAAAGAAAGCAUGGAGAGGCUACGAUGGAAUGGUAGUGUGUAUAUCACUCUCGCAUUUGCAGGGGUUGCCCUCCUUACUGCAAUGAUCGUGGGCAUUGUUCUGCUGCGACGCCACUCCCAUCGCUCCCCCCAUGGGCAGGGAUUUGUGGAGGUGGAUCAGGCUGCCACCCCUGAGGAGAGGCACGUGGCCAACAUGCAGAUCAAUGGCUACGAAAACCCCACCUACAAGUACUUUGAGAUUCAGAACAAUUGAAGCAGCAUUAUUUCAGAUUCACACCUUGUGUUUAAACUAACCAAACACUUUAACUAGCAUUUUUAGUCGCCAGUUUUUAGUAACAAAAGAAACAUUAAAAAACAAUAUAUUGAAACAAAAAAAAAUUUUGAGAUUGAGAAUGGAAAAAUUCUUUUUUGUAGUGUUUUUGGAUAGCAUUUGGCUAUUAGGUCUGCGAAGUGAAUUUUUUGUUUUGGAACAAGGAAUGAAAAAUGUAGAGAUAUUAACUCUCCUUUCUUUAUUUUAAUUUUGAGAACAUGUUUUUAAGCUUCACUUUAAAAAUAAUAAUAAUUUGUUCAUAAUUUUAUUUGACAAUUUUCUGAUUGUUUUUGGUAGUUAUUUUAUAUAUAUUUUUGUGUUAUUUUUCAAUGUGUUCAGUUUACAUUUAUAUGCAUUACUGUUUAUACCAUAUUUUGUAUGAUUUUUCUUCUCUUAUUUAAUUUACCUUAUUAAAUCUACCUUUAAUGUAAUAUAGAGAAAAGUAGUUAAUGGGAAGGAUAUAUCUCACUACAAAUAUUGCAGUUGUCAGGAAUUAACCAAAUUUAAAUGUUAUUUUAAAUACCAGUUUUUUAUUUAUAAAGAAAUCAUUUUAGCUAUACAUAUCUCCCAAGAAAUAUUCCUUUACAAUUGGCUUUCUCUUUAGUAUUUUAAGGAUGACUGCCAUGAUUGCUUUUAUUUUCAAUGACGUUUGUAUUCAUAGAUUUAUUUAUAUAUUAUAUGAUGAAAUAGACUAUUAGAACUCAUUGAAUUUUAUUUGAUGUGAAAAUAAAGUUGGAAUGAGGUUGAAGCAAUUAUCAAUGGCUGGACUGACCAGUAAAUGUUGUUGCGUAUGUCGUAAUAAACAUGUAAUGUUAUACACCCAUGUAUUGCUAUUCAAUUAAGUAGUGACAUAGUGUAUCGUCUCCAAAGGCCAUGCCCUUACAUUCCUAAUGUUAUUUCUUUCGACUUUUUUAAUGCCAUAUAUGUGCUGUGAUUUUUUAUUUGUUAGAUAACCCACAGCAAUCGCAGCAUUGGGAAUUGACAUUGUGUACAUAUAGAACUUUCAUGUUGUCAUGUUGCCAUUUUUUUUUCUUUCUUUAUUCUUUUGCUGCUAAUUCGAGCAUGUGAGAAAAAUUCAGAGUUGCCUAAAAAUUAAAUCAUUGCUUCUUUUAAAUUGUUAUAUCUUUCUUCAUCUAUAAAGUGUUUGCUCAUACUGCAGAAUCAAAAUAAAUCAGGCAAAGAAAACAGUUUUUGAAAUAUGUAAAUCUGUUAAUUAUUAUGUGUUAGUAGAGACGUAGUUUAUAAAAUAUUAGUUGCAUACUGUGUCUACUGCAUGUCUAUUUUCUCACAGCUAAAAGAAGAAAAAAUUGGGGAAAAAUUUUGGGGGGCAUUUGAUUUUUCCUUUGUAGUAAGUCAACACAAGUAUUAACCUCUUCCCCCUAUUUGUGGUAUUUUAUAAUCUACUGACCUAACUGUGUUGUCCUGUGCAUGUUCAAUGUAGACAUUGUAUCAUUGUGUCAGUUUUAUACGGACUGUACUAACAAUCUUCCAUGUGCAGUAAAGAGUAGCUGUAAUUAAUAAAGAUUGAAAUUAUAAUGAGGUAGCCUCAAGUAAAGCUGAACUUGCGUUUAGAGUGAUUAUUAUUUAACCAAGAAAUGAUCUACCUUUUUUUAGUCAGUUUUUCUGAAUAUUGUAUUGAUAGAUUAUGUAUGUAAUUUAUGCUUAACAUGUGUAUCUAACUGUCUUACAACUAAGGUUUUUGUAAAUGUUGAUGUGUUUAAACCUUAUCUAAUAAAAGGGAAAAAUGUAAUAAAAUAUCACAAAAUAUUACUGUAUACUUUCAUGUAUUUUAAUUGUUUAUUUAAUGUCUUUAACUAAAUUUUAACAUUUGAAGAAUCAUUAGAUCAUUUUUAAUUGAGGAAUUGUAAGGGAAAAACUUACUGCACUGGUGAGCUUGCUGUGACGUUUCAAUGUACAAAACAAAUCUGUCAAGCUAACUUAGUGAAAUUUAUCAGUUGUUCUUGUAAAAUUGUAUUAAAUGCUUGCACAUAUCAGUAUGAUAUUGCCCAGUAUAUAAUGUUGCCAUAUUUUUUAUUUCCAUUACAUUUUUGAUGCUUUGCUUUUUGCAAAUUAAUCUUCGAAAACUACUUAAAUGGGCUUGGAAAAAAAUCACUACUGCAUGUUGCAGAAAGAUAGUUUUCUACCAGCUGCAGUAAAAAAAAAAAAAAAAAAUUUAAGUUUAGUGAUUUGACAUAUUAUUGUAGUGCACAAAACGUCAUUCUAAUAUGUGGUAAAUUCUAAAUAAAGAAUUAAUCAAAA